UGUACUAGUAAUGGCGCGAUUUUCUAGAAGUUCAUACCGGUUCAUUCAAGGUUACAUUGUGUACUGUCUUUCUUGAUUAUAAAACGUAAUUUGAUAAAAUGAAUCGUUCCAGCUUCACCAUUGUAGUAGAUUUGACAAAGUAUUUUACCGAUGCGAGGGCUUGCAGUCGAGUGUUUGUUGACGAGACGAAAGUAUGGUAUAUCAAUCAUUUAAAACAGCACAUUAUUAAUCUCUUUGGCAUCGAGGAACCGUUUCAUUUACUGAUAAAUAAGAUAGAAUAUCUGCCGCCUACUGAGGAUAUUCGAAUUAUUAACGGAAACGAUGUUGUCAUUGUUGUACCUGGAAGUGGAUUGUGCAGUGGUACUGUGACUGUACCAAAUCCAGUAUCAAUAACUGUACCAGAACGAAAGGCAUUGAAGGAUGUUAAUACAUCGAACAAGAUGCUUGACAAUGGAAACUUUCAAACAAGAAGAGUUAGUGAUGUUGAUCUCUUCAAGAGUGUGCAAGAGUCUGACACUUCUUCUACGACAAGAAAAUUUUCUUUGAGUGCAUAUAAGAGUUUUAAUACUUCUACUCCUGCUGCUCCUGGUAGAGAUACUACAAUGUUCCAUACUGUAAUUGAUGACACAGAACUUGAGAGUGCAACAGAGUCUAAAGCAACUGAUAGCAAUGGAGAUUUUAUUGUCUCGGAGGGUACACCAAUGGCUAAUAAGCGAAAGAGAAUACGACAUCGUCGUACUAAACGACAGACGCCAAUACCUCUGCAACCUUUUGAACCUAAAGAAAAUGGGCUAAAGAAACCAAGAACAAAUAAUUCUACGAUUAUUUCUUCAGGGAAGCAUAUUCGCUUUGAUAUCCAUGAACUGCAACCUGAUCAUAGUGUGACUACAGUGAUUGAUUUAAUCUCUCCAAACCCUUCCAAAGAUUUACCCUCGCAAUCAUCAAAUACCAAAGAUCUUUCUACACUCCUAGCACUUGGAAAAAGUUCUACGCCUGUGACAUUUUCCUCUAAGAAAGUUGUAUCAGAGCCAAAAAAGGAGACUAUGUCCAAAGAGCUUGAAAAGAGUAACAAUACCCCAGAUAAGACUAAUGAAGCAAAGCACAAUUCAACAAAUGGUAAAACUACCAUGACUGAAGAUUAUUCUGAGCUGGAUCCUCAGAAAUAUGCUAUUAUAACAGACAAACCACAGAAGAAUGACAUCGUAGCCUUCAAAGUUUUAAAAAUGGGUGUCGAUUAUACUCCACAAGUAUCAGAGUUCAUUAUUGCUGAGAUUGUGGAAUAUGUGCAAGAAACAUCUUCGUAUACCUUCAAAGUCAUACGGGGAAAGGAGCACUUGGAAUUACCUGAUGGGAAAUUCACCUUACCUGAAGAAGAAAAUAAGAUUUUGGAGGAUACGGUGACACUUGCCUAUGAUCAGCUUAUUGAACCUCGUCUCAUAACCAGCAAGUAAUUUAUUUAAUAACAUGCAAAACAUUCUCUACCGUCUACUAAAUAUAACACUCUGUGACUGAAAUAAUAUAUUUAACAUCUUUGAGUA